AGCUAUAUUUAUAUAUGUGAUGUCUGCCAGUCUUUCUCUAUGGAAUCAUAAUUAAGUGUGAAUUUAUAGGUAAGCGUAAUAAAGUGUUUUAAGUGUUUCCCAGCGAGAUAUAUUCAGUUGCUGGCCACUGCAAGGCCAUUGGCCCAACAGUCUCCGCUGCUGGCCCUGGGCGUUAAUACCUUUGACCUGCUGAUCCAGCUGGCGAGGGGGAGGCGUACACCCCUCACUACAGCCUGCAGUCACCCGCCUCACUUGUGCCUUCCUGAAGGAGGCAGGGCAGCCACCAAGCCUGUGGUUGGCUCACAGGAAGCCCCCAGAGCAUAAAAGUGAUGAUGCAGGGGCAUCAUUGCAGCCCUAGAGAGGAAGAGGAACAUGGCUGAAGACUUGGUUAAAAGAUUAGUCAAAUAUAAGAUUGAAACAGAUCUUUAAAGUGUUCACAGCAAUUCGGCUUUCAUUUGUAAACAAAGAGCAGACAGCUAGGAAGAUGACACCAGCAGCGGCAGGCGGCGACAGGCAGUGUGACACCUUAGCCCUCCGCUCUGCCUGACAUGUGCUGCGUGCCACGCAACCAAACUCAAGUGGAACAUGCACUGUUACAUGUACCAGAUUAUCGGACACGCCUAACAAGUGUGGCGCCAUUCGUAAGGCAACAAAACUGCUUGUCUUGAAAGAAAGUCCAGUGACAGAGACAACCUUGGCCAGUGUUGUGUUCGCUUCCUGACAGGGCGGGGAUUGUGACCAGGAAUUUGUCCAGCUUCCUCUUUGCCUUGGAAAGUGCAUUCCUGGCUGAGUGUGGUGCGUGUGCCUGCUUCUUGUGUGGUGGUGCUGCUGCUGCGUGAAGCCUCUGCCGUGGGAACCCACCACAAAUAGCUAAUGGAUUCUGUAUGACGGGAUCAGCAGCAGACAGAAUUCCAGUGAUGUAUUAACAUGCCUAGGGACAGCCUUGGGGGCAUCCAUUACUGGCAGAAGCCCGAGUGUGCUGAGUGACGGGGCGGCAUGACCUUGCACAUCAGAGGGUCAGGCAGUGCAGUGCAGACUCCAAGGCUCCCCAAGUAUACAGCAUUGUUGUGUGUGUGGAUGGGGUGUGUGUGCCAGACUCCUCACACUCUGUAUUGGGCCUUUGUUGGAGGCGUCCCCUGUGAUAUAGUGGAUGACAACCUGGAGCUCUGUGACACACUGACAAGGGAGAAGGUUACUUGUCGCUCCAAGGCUAAGCUGGUCGGCCCCAUGAAUGUCACUGUCUGCGUUACCGGAAGAGGCGCGUCUGAAGUGACCAAGAUAGGAAGGUACUUGGACUCCCAGGACAGGCUGUACCAGUUCCUCACAUAUGCUGUUGUAUGGAGGUGUGUCUUACCUCAAGGAAUAAUGGCAUCAUACUAAGAAGCGCAGUGAAUCCUGCAGUUGUCACCAGGUUUGGUUUACAACCAACUGCAAGUUUGUUUUGGUACAUGAAAUGUAAGAGUCAUCACCUAAUUUCUUCCUGACUGGUGUUAUUUUAUGUGAAUUACUAGCCAUCACUAGCAGACCUCUUGGGUGGUUUCCAAGACCCCAGCUUGGCCUUCAAGACACUUAACCAUACCAGGGUCUUCCUCCAGCAGCUCACCAGAAUAUAACUGGAUAACUUGCCUGCUGCCAGUACCUCCAGGCCUCUAGAGGUUGUGGCACCACAGCCUGCACAGCCCCUCAAAUCCCCAACAAGAACAAGAACACAACAGGAUAGUGGGAGUGAUGGCUUCAAGACACACUGCCACUGUACAGGGCAGCUGUUACUCUUGUACAUCAUGUGCUGCUUACAAGACUGUGCCUAAAAAUCUGAGAGGAAAAAGUAAAAGCUCACAGGACUGGUUGACGAGACAGCUAAAUGACCCUUAUGUGAAGUUGACCAAGCAACAUCAGCGCAGGCCCUAGUGGGUACGUGGACCUCCUCAAUGGACAGAUGGACAGAGGCUGGUGUGCUGGCUACAUGUAUCAGGAGCAAAUCUCAACCUUCUUCUCCGUUGUGGCAACAGGGAUGACAUAUGAGAUGGCCAUGACCAGCACACCCCUUCAGGUGCUACGUCUGCACCUGCCACACAGUCCAUCCUCUGAGGCCGUUGUCCUGCUCAUCUUCCCAAAGCCUCAGCGUUAUGACACCUAUGUGGAUGGUGUCUUUGUUCCCCCAGCCAACCUCAACACCUCUGCAGCCGGCUACAAGCUGUUGCCUGAGAACCCCACCCAUCCUCAGGCUUUCCUUCCCAUGUUGGACAAUGCAAUGGGGACCAGCUUCUUCCAGCGCAGUGCUAAGUUGGUCCAUGUGGUGCUGUGUGAAGGCCGCAUCCUUGACAUCAAGACCACACCCAUGAUCACCCUCACCAGUGGCCUCAUGGUGAAGGAAGAUGAAUUUUAUGAGCAGAACUUGGUGUUGAAUCUGGCCAGCCUGUUUGAGGUAUCCCCAAACAACAUCAGGGUCAUCAGUGUUAUGCAGGAGCUCUCCAAGAGACAGCAGGGAAGGCUGGAGGCUGAAGUGGCCAGUGCUCACACUACAAGCCUGAAUGGUGAGGAGGAGGAGGGAGCAAUUGGUGGGGAGGAAGGCAGUGUUGUCAUUCUGGAUGCCAAGCUGUUCUGCAAGCAGCAGGAGAAGGAGGUGGCAGAGAAGAUCAAGGAGAGCCUGGCAGUGACUGAGUAUGCCAAGCCAUCCAGUGCAUUGGUGCUGAGUGGUGUGUCCAGCAGUGUGGUGCAGUACACAGUGUUUGAAAUGCAGCUGUCCUUUACUGUGCUGGAUACAGAGGGUGCACCCACCAGUGACCUGGGCCACAAGAGUGAUCCCUCGCAGGUCACGGCAAGUCUCUUGGGAGGUCCGCCAUGUGCCAUCGUCAUGGGCACCACAACAGUUCCCAACAGGAAUGGCACUGCCAUCUUCACCAACCUGUCUGUCAGCAAGCCCAGGGAAGGCUACAACCUCACUUUCACCAUCACCUACCCCAGCUAUGCUCCAGCCCUCACCACCACCCUGGAGGGGACCUUCAGCUUGACACAGAUGAGUGCAGCAAUGGUCCUGCAGCAGCCCAGCAUAGUGCAGGCUGGACAACCCACCACCAUCACUGUUCACUUUGUUGACAAGGACUCUGGCUUGGUGCUUAAUGGCCUGGCUUUCAAGACAUUUGUGGGCAAACUGCUGGCAAAGACUGCUGAGGGACACUUUGAGGUUAUCCAGAGGUAUGCCAAGCUGUAUGUACCAGAUGAGGCCGUGUCAAUGCUCACCUUUGAGAACGUCAUAUUUGAGGCGCCAGACGUGAGACAGCAACUCAUAGCCAAGGUUGCUGUCGUCUCCGCUAGCUGGACUGGUGGUGUAUCCCUCACAUCUGGUCAUCAAGGAGUACCCCAUGGUCAAGUCCUUGCACACCGAUCCGUUCUGAUGGAAGCAGUUGGAGGGUGUGGAGGAUGGGGAUCAAAAGAUAUUGAUUGAGAUACUGGGGAGGGAUGUGAGUGCAUG